AUGAAUGGACAUGAAUUGGUAUGGAAUAAAUGUGAUAAUAAGCAACAAAGAGCAGUAUGUGUUAAUUGUGAGAGAAGACGGAAUGAGACAGGUUGUGAUGCAGAAAUACCUUGUCCAUAUGACUUAGCAGCACAAUUUAAAAGGGACACAAAGGUCACCAUUGCAUACCAUACUGCAUGGAGGGCAAGGGUUAUGGUGUUGGAGAAGCUAUAUGGGAGUUAUGAGAAGAGUUACCAACAAGUUCCUAACUUUUGUGAAAUGGUUAAGGGGUGGAAGGCUGGCUGUAGAAGGGUCAUUGGCUUGGAUGCUUGUCACUUGAAUGGAAAGUUUGGUGGUGUGAUGCUAUGUGCAACAGGUCUGGAUGGUCAGAAUGGCUUAGUUAUGCUAGGUAUAAUGGUGUGUAGGAAUGAAACCAUAGAAAAUUGGAAGAUUUUCCUUGGAGAUUUGAAGCCUCUGGUAGAUGAAGAUGGUGUGCGUAUCUGUUUCAUCUCAGACAAGCAAAAGGGAAUCUUGGAGGGUGUUGACUAUCACUUUCCUUUAGAUGAACACAGAUAUUGUUUUAGGCACUUGCUUGCAAACUUCAAGAAGACCUACAAGAGUUUUAGUUUGCAGAAUCAUCUUUGGAAUGCAGCUAAAUGUUACAAGAAAAAGCAUUUUGAGGAACAUAUGGCCAAGAUGAAGGCUGAGAAUGCUGAUGCUGCUUGGUAUCUCUUGAAAGAAGAAAAACCACAAACCUGGUCCAGGUCCCAUUUCGAAAAAGACAGCAAAUGUGAGCACCUUAAUAAUAACUUUUCUGAGUCCUUCAACAAUAUGGCAAAGAAGAUGAGGGAUAAGCCCAUCUGCAAGUUAGGCCUGAUGUAUGGAGAUCUGGUGAUGAAUACUUGGUAUAAGAGAAGAAAUGAGUCUGCAAAAUGGAGAGAUGGUGACAUAGUUCCUAAAGCAAUGAAGUUGAUAGAAAAGAUGAUAGCUUUGAAUCCUAAUUUUAAGUUGGUUCCAGCUGUGAAGUACAAAGUCUAUGAAGUGAUUAGUGUGCAUGAAGAAGUUUUUAUUGUGGAUCUUGAGAAGAAACUUUGUAGUUGUUUGCAAUGGGAGUUAAGGGGAUUUCCAUGCCAGCAUGAUGUAUGUGCUUUGGCUCCAAUGAGACCUAACUGGGCUGAGUAUUGUAGCCCUUACUACACAGUGGACUACUACAAGAAGACAUAUGCUCCUGACUUCAAUCUACUAGAGGGUGUAGCUAACUGGAUAGAGCCAGAAAAACCAGAAAUGAUGAAGACACCAGUAGACAUUAGAAAGCCAGGCAGGCCAAGGAAAAAGCGGAUAUUGUCAUAUGAUGAACCAAGAGGUCAGAAGAAGGCUAGAAGAUGUAGUAGGUGUAAAAAUGAAGGUCAAUACUCAUCAAAUUGUGUUGGUGGUCCAGUUGGAGGAAAUCCUAAGGGAUUCAAGCCUAGAACAUGUGUUGAUGGCACAAAGCAGACAACAGUUGAAGCUCCACCAAAGAGAAAGUACAAAGCUAAAGCUGCUGCAAAUUCUGGAGGUGCAUCUGCUGCAAAUUCUCAACCUUGUGCUAGCAGAUCUAAGACGCAAACAAGCGUUGCUCAAUCUUCCCAACCAGCUGCAACAUAUUCUGCAAAAUCCAAAGGUGUCAUGAGAAAGGAAGGUGAUGAAUCUUGCUCUCAGCCCAGUUUCAGUCAGCACAACACCCAUGUUGGAUCUGUUAGCAACAACAUAACCUUUACAGCUCCAAACCCAAAAGGAAAGAAGAGAGCAAAGAAGUAUAUGAAGCUUUAG